AUGACGCCAGACUGGCAUGAGCCGCAUGGAGCCGGCUUCUUUGACAAUUUGGUGCCGGUCACCAAACGCAUUCCAGUUUGGUUCCAGGGAGAUCGUGACCAUCAGACGAUUGGAGCCACCCUGCCUUGGCUCGGCCUUGACACCGCCGAUUGUGAGCACUUGAACCAAUUUUGCUACCUUGUCCGCACUUCGCAUACGCGAAACAACUUGCCCCCUUUGAGUGCGUUGUCGACGUUCUGGGCGGCAUGGGACGAGGACUUAUCAGAAGUCACCCAAUAUCAUCUGGUGAUGUUUGAUUGGGGGGCGUACCAAGAUGUUUACCGCACCAUUGCUGAUGAUGCGGUGAACAUGAUUGACGAUGGGGACAUCGCUGAGAUCCACCGAUUGCAAACUUUCAUUACAAUGCACUUUUUCGAGCCAUCGGAUGUUGUGGAGACCAUCGGGAGUUUGCAUCGUAGCCUGUUGCAGCUGCGCGAAGACCACGAGGAGCUCCUCCGCCGCUUUGAGCGGUAUCGCGAGUACACCUCUCGCGUUAUGGAGUGGAUCGCGAGCCAUGAUCCUACCAUGGCCGGCCCGUUGGAUCUCCUCCUACGGCCGGCGGAUCUUCAGCCAGAACAAUAG